AUGCCUAUCACUGACCAUUCCAAAAGUCCCCAGGCCUUUGUGCUGCAUCCUGGAGGUAAAUUUACUUUCGAAGCGAGCAUCAAACCUACACUCCAAACAGACCGAGAUGUCAUUGUUCAAGUGAUAGCGACUGGUAUAUGUGGUUCGGAUGUCCACUACUGGCAACAUGGUCGCAUUGGCCGGUACGUCGUGGAGAAGCCCAUCGUUCUUGGCCACGAGUCCACCGGAAUCGUGGUAGAGACCGGGAAUAAUGUCGACGGCCUCAAAGUAGGUGACCAAGUCGCUCUAGAGCCUGGUGUCGCCUGCAACUCUUGUCACUUCUGCCGUAGCGGCCGUUACAAUCUAUGCAGUGCCAUGAAGUUCGCUGCAACCCCUCCAUACGACGGCACUCUUGCAACUUAUUACCGCGUUCCUGCUGAAUGCUGCUUUAAGCUUCCACAACACAUUUCACUGCGCGACGGCACCCUGGUCGAACCUCUUAGUGUGGCCGUGCACAGCUGCCGUCUGGCUGGUACUAUGCAAGAGAAGAAAGUGGCAAUUUUCGGCGCUGGCCCAGUUGGUCUGCUCUGCUGUGCUGUUGCGAAUGCGUUCGGUGCUUCAGUUGUCAUUGUCGCCGAUGUGGCUCCUAGCCGACUCGAAUUUGCGCUCAGAAACGGUGCUACGCACACUUAUCAAACAACUACCGAGUCUCCAGAAAAGAACGCUUCCAGACUACUUGCUGUUGCUGGGCUAGAAGCUGGAGUUGAUAUCGUCCUAGAUGCAACUGGCGCCGAACCAUGCGUGAAUGCCGGUAUAAUUGCUCUUGCUCAAGGUGGAACAUUUGUUCAGGUGGGAUUGGGCAAGCCCGAUCUUACUAUUCCUGUCGGUCAGAUCUGUGACAAGGAAAUUGUUCUCAAGGGCAGCUUCCGGUAUGGACCUGGAGACUUCCAAUUGGCUGUUGGACUUUUGAACUCGCGUCGAGUUAAGCUGGAUAAUCUAAUUACCCAUGAGUUCCCCUUUGACCGGGCUGAAGAUGCCUUUGAGAAUGUUGUCAGUCGUUCUGGUAUCAAGAGUGUGAUUUAUGGACCGGGUGUUGAUGCUGAGCUGGCUAAGGCUAGUCGGUAG